AUGUCCUCAGUCGAACCAUUUGACAUCAAAGCUACUUAUUUAAAGAUACUAGAAGAUGAUAAAGAGUUGACUAUGCCGAUAGCGGCAAUUGAGAGUCUUGUUGAAAUGUUACGUUUAAACAGACCAUCAACAUCAUCAGAAUUGAUCAAUCUUGUUUCGAAAAAUAUUGAUUUGUUAAAAUCCUCCAUACCGAAUAAUAUCUCCCUUUCAGCUGGCUGUGAUUUAUUCAUGAGAUUUAUAUUGAGAAACACAAACAUAUAUAGUGAUUGGGAAUCAUUUCUGCAAAACUUGAUUGAGAAUGGAGAAUUGUUUGUUCAAAGAGCCAAAAUUUCCAGGGAAAAGCUGGCCGAGUUCGGAUUACCCUUUAUUAAAGAUGACGAUGUUAUUCUUGUUCAUAGUUUUUCCCGUGUCGUAUACACACUAUUGCUCAAAGCAAAACAAGAACAAUUAACUAGGUUUAAAGUGUUGGUGACUGAAUCAAGACCCACUGGGAAUGGAUAUGUUAUGGCGGAGAAAUUACGAGAAGCAGACAUCCCAUGUGAAGUAAUUGUUGAUAACGCCGUGGGAUAUGUUUUGCAUAAUGUUGAUAAAAUUAUAGUUGGUGCUGAAGGUGUAGCUGAAAGUGGUGGAAUAAUAAAUCAUAUUGGAACUUAUCAAAUUGGAUGUUUAGCUAAAGUUAAUAAUAAACCAUUUUAUGUGGUUACUGAAUCACAUAAAUUUGUGAGAAUGUUUCCAUUGGCUCCUAAUGAUUUACCAAACAUGAAUUAUAUUGCUUCAUUGAACGAACUGACAGAGGAAAACCAAAGGUACAAGGAGUAUUUUAAUAGCCAUGGUGGUCAGUUUUUAGAUCAUCAUAUUGUUGAUUUCACUCCUCAUGAUUAUAUUACGGCUUUGAUUACCGAUUUGGGUGUUUUGACGCCAUCCGCAGUCAGUGAAGAAUUGAUCAAGAUGUGGUAUGAUUAG